GGGAGUGCGUAAUUGGGGAUUUACCCUUAUCCUAUUAUUCCUUCUUAACUGAACAGUUUUGUUUACUGAGGCUGAGCUACUGCGGAGAAUGGAGGCAACUGCUCUUAAAGCCCGUGGAAUAGCAAUAGCAGCAGCAGCAGCUCCCUUAUACUCUCUUUGCCAUUUCCGCACUACAGUAUCACCGUCCCUGCUUCGCUCUCUUACUUCCAACCCUCCACGCUUUCACCUCUCUUCUUCUUCUCCUCCUCUGUGCUCUCUCGGUAGAGGAAGAACUGAGACUACUCUGCCUCAUGGAGUAGAGGAUAAUCUCACCUCUGAGGUCUCCCACUAUAACAUUCUUCAAGUGGUUCUUGUUUCUCCUCAGAUUCCUGGAAACACAGGCUGCAUCGCCAGAACAUGUGCAGCAUCAGCUGUUGGCCUACACCUAGUUGGGCCAUUAGGAUUUCAGAUAGAUGAUGCAAAAUUGAAGCGUGCUGGUUUGGAUUAUUGGCCAUUUGUUGUUGUAAAAGUUCACAAUUCAUGGGAAGAAUUUAAGCUCUAUUUCAGUCAACAGGCUGGGGAAAAGCGGUUGCUUGCAUUUACCAAGAGAGGAACAAACCUUCACUCUGAAAUUUCUUACAGAAGAGGUGAUUAUCUCAUAUUUGGUUCAGAAACCCGCGGCCUACCAAAUGAGGCCUUGCAAGACUGCAAAAGUGAAGAAUUUGGUGGAGGGACUGUUAAAAUUCCAAUGGUUGAAACUUAUGUUAGAUGUCUCAAUCUCUCUGUUAGUGUUGGCAUAGCUCUUUAUGAGGCUUCCAGACAGCUAAACUAUGAGCAGCUUCAAUUUCCUGUUGAAGAUUGUAGCAACAGUGAACAAACAUUUGUUACUGAGGAUAUUUUUGCUUAACGAAACUGCCUGGGAUUAAAAAAAAAAGUAUUAGAAGUAUAAUUUGGUGUCAAUGGGAACUCCAUAAAGAAGUCAGAUUUUUAUCCACAUCAGUUAGGGUUGUUGUUAUAUAUUCAAUUCAGAUAGCUACAAGAUACAUGUUGGAAUUCAUCAAUUGGUUCAAGGAACCUGCUAUUCAAUUGUCACCGCUGCUUUGACUUUAUGAAUUGGAACACAAUAUUAUUAUUUUUUUUUUUGGUGAAUUGGAAUAAUAAAAUUAAGGGUAAAUAUCAUUUUGGACUA